CCUCCGCCUUCCGACCCUUCUAGCAAAGCGGAAUCGCAAACCAAAGCCGAACCUGAAGUGCCUCUGACAUCGACACAAGAUGACGGCCUAUCAAAACGUCCUCGAGAUGCGCGACUAGUACAUGUGAUUCUGUCAUCACUCGGCAUUCACAGCUAUCAAGAGCGAGUUCCUUUACAACUUCUAGACUUCGCAUAUCGCUACACCAGCGGAAUUCUUUCAGACAGUCUGCGACUCAGCGCGGAAGGCUACACCAGCCAAGCGGAUCGCGGAAAUCGCCGUGGAGCAACCGAUGAUAGCGGGGCCAUCACGAUACAGGCACUACGUCAGGCCAUCGCCAGUCGACAGGGCUACACAUUUCAAGGUCCGCUUGCCAAAGAAUUCAUGAUGGAACAAGCUGCGGAACGAAAUCGCAUUGCAUUGCCACGGAUCGAUCGCUCUCUCAGCAUGCAGCUGCCUCCGGAGAAAUACUGCUUGACUGGUGUAGGAUGGAACAUGAAGGAGGAAUGGGAUAGUGAUGAAGAUCUGCUAGAUGAAGACGCGCAACCACCUGCCGCAGCAGCUGCGACAGCAGCAAACAAGGAGGAUGAGCAAAUGGGAGGAAUCGACGGUGAAGCAGAAGACGAGGAUGAAGAAGGCGCGGGCAGAAUGGAGGAUGUUUUUGGUGCCGAUUCUGGCGGCGAUACAAACAUGACACAGGAUUGA